AUGGAGGUGAAGCAUAUUCCUCAGUUUGGGAAGCAAGCUUGGGGGCAUGACCUAUUUGAAAAGCAAAAGGAACUGGCCUCGGAGCUGUGGCGGAGCAGCGCCAUGGGAAGUUCGCCCCAUCUCACCGAGCUCGUGCGCAGGCGACCGUGUGGGCAGAGGGACUCGGGGCAGCGGAUAGCACCAGGGAAGCUGGCUCGAAUCCAGGCUUCAGAGAUAACACCAUUCUUCUAUCCUGAGGAGGCGGCCGCUUGCUCAAUCACCCUCGUCACAGACCCAGCGACAUCACCCACAGGGCAAAUCAUGACCAUUGCUCGCGAUGGAGAAGGGGCUCUGGAGAGAGUCUUUCUGGACAAUCAACUACCUGCCGCUGGAGCCUUUUUGAACGAUGUGGCCCAGGCUCGGUUUGCCAAGGGCAACAAGCUGGACAUCAUGGAGCCCAUUCUUGUGGUCCACCGAGACGGGCUUCGCGGCAUCGCCGUGCGGCCGGACGAGGCACGACGCCUGGUGACUUUGGGAAUCCAUCCUGCUGAUGCUCGGGCCAUGGGCAACAAAGCGGUGGCCUCGCAGCAAUAUUGGGCAGCAGCUGAGUUCUACUGUGCAGGCCUACAGCAUGCCGAAAUGGAUAUCAUAGCAACGCUUCUGUCCAACCGCUGCCAGGCAGCUCCACUCUACCUUUGUCAACGACGCUGCAAGGCAGCGCAGACAGCGGUGCAGGAAGCGGGCUGCUCCAUGUUGACCGCAUCAGAGGAAGACAUGGAUGACGUGAAUAAGCAGUAUGCUGCCCGGCUUCAAGAGUUUCAGGAUGCACGGAAGGAGUUUGCAAAGCUGUCUGCCAAAAAUGACGCGCCCUCUGAAGCAGCGCUGGCUGCGGUUGCUCCAUACUUUGAAGCAGAGGAGGAGCACCGUGGACAGUUGGCCGAGGAGCAAUCGCAGGAAGAGCUGCUGCGUCAGACAGUGACCCAGGCGAAAACGAGGUACCACGGUGCUUUACGGAGCCUGGAAACCUUGAGCAACCAGGCUCAUCUUCGCAGAGCCAGCAGUGGCGUCCUGGAACCGGUGAGCCGCACGGCUACUGAGGAACGCCAAGAGAGAAUGAUGAAGAGAAGUCCGACCUGCCAAACACCUGAAAGGCCGCCCAAAGUGCUGCGCGGUGACUCCAGGCGGCGUCGGACUGGCCAUGGGCCUUCAUUGCCGUUGCAGAAGGACCUGGGCGACGAGGAGCUGAUGGAGAGUGAACAUGAAUUGCCUGCGAGCUGA